GUGAAUAUAAUUAUCUUAUUUGUGUUAAAGAUUGUUGUGGAAUGACGAUGAUGGACAUAUAGGAAUGAUAAAUACUGACAGAACCGGCGAGAGAAAAUAUGACACUGCAACUACAGGGGAACCACGACAUGCCGUUACAGUUUAUAAGAAUUUUAUUAUAUCGUCAACAGAAGAAAACAGACAGUUUGAUAUAGUCUACGAACUAGAUGAACAAAGGUUUAGUGUGAAUUUACACAAAGCGUAUGACGGAUUUGUUGAAGAUGUACAUGUUUAUGAAUCGGCAUUGCAACCAUUUGAUCUUGAGUCGUGCGAAUUAAACAAUGGGGAUUGUGAACAUGUAUGUCUUCCAGGAAGUGAAGGAAAAUGUGCUUGUUUUCUUGGAUAUUUUCUUAACGGUGACAACAAGUCAUGUCGGUCAGCUGUUUUGAAUGAGAAUUAUUUUGUUGUACUGGACGAAGUUCAUGAAGGGCUGUACCAGGUUGACCAGGAAACAAAAAGUAUACAUGCCAUUGAAAUUAAACAAGAUAAUGUUCCUGUUAGAUUAGCGUUGGAUCCCAAAAGGAAUGGCGUUAUAUGGGUUGAUAAAAAUACUAACGCAGUAAAAAAAAGAUUACGUUAGGUACAUCUGACGAGACAGCAGUGAUGUCUGGUGUUGAUAAUAAUGCUGCUAUAGCAGUAGAUGUAUCUUCUGGAAACAUAUAUAUCUCAUCUGGACGGAAGAUAUCCGUAGUCAGCCCUUCUCUUAAUUCACUGACGAUAGUUGAUUCAACAAAUAUAAUUGCCAACAUUGGAAAAAUUGCUGUAAUGCCUCAAUCUGGGUCAAUAGCUUGGUACGAAGGCAAUACACGCAUUGUCAUUGCAAAUAUGGACGGGUCAAACGUUCGACCAAUUACAGUACAGUCCAUGGAGAAGCCUGAGGAUAUAGCUUUUGACUUAGAUGAUGACAGAGGAUUAUAUUGGUGUGACAGUGUUUUGGACAAAAUCGAGAAAAUUGACACACAAUCUUUAGCAAUUACAAUUGUUUACGUGGGGCGUGGCUUAAAGCCGGUUGCCAUAGAAAUAUUUGCAGAUGUUAUAUAUUUAGUCCCAAUGCAACAAAGGAAAAUCGUACAAAUUAACAAAAUCAAUGGCUUGCAGCAGAGGGAUGUAUUUGAGUCACCUUUGUUAGGGUCCCUUGACAACUUCUUUAUAUCAAGAAAGUUUGUGACAGGUAAAAUAAAUUGAAUAAAGAAAACUACCUUUCUUUUA